AUGUGGAACAACAGGGACGUCUUGCAUGGGGCAGAAGAUGGCGGCCAGGCGGAGGCUGAGGCUGAGGUGGAGGUUGUUCUGGAUCUCCCCCACCGCCGAGUGACCUUCUCCACGGCCAAUCAGGCACAGGACCUGCAGGACGCGUCCCAGCACAGCUACUAUGACAGCGGCCUGGAGGAGUCGGAGACGCCCAGCUCAAAGUCGUCGUCAGGGCCGCGGAUCGGGCCCCUGGCGCUGCCUGAGGACCAUUACGAGCGGACCACACCUGACGGCAGCAUCGGCGAGAUGGAGCACCCGGAGACUGACCUCAGGCCUCUUCCCGACGUGGCAAUGACCGGUAACUGCACUCGUGAGUGCACUGAGUUUGGCCACUCCGACUCCUGCUGGAUGCCUGGCGAGCCUUCCCCUACCCGCAAGGUGUCCAAGAACGCCCCCAAGCUCUCCACCUUCGUGCCUUACCAGGAGAUGGACGGGCAGGAGCAGCUGAUGGCCAACGGCAGCCCCAAGCCCCUGACAGAGGAGCGCGGGACGGGUGGUGGCGGCGGUGGCAGUGGCUCCAAAGUGGCCAACAUGCGGUUCAUGACUCCCUACAGCAGUGCCUACCCCGGGGGCGGAGACUCGUCCGGUAAAGACUGUGGGUUGGAGGAGAUCCCGCUGAGCCAGGCAGUGGAGUAUCACUCGGCCACUACUCCGACUGGCCAGACCUCCAAGAGGGAGAUCUACCUGUGAGGGCGCAGCUCUCCACCUUAAACCUCCUCAUCGCCCCUCAUCAUCCCCCUGUCGCUGCUCGCCGCCACCCGCCCCACCCCCUCACUGCCGACCCCUGUGCCUAUUACUCGCUGUGCCGCAGCACCGACUUCCCUUCUUCCUUUUUAUAACUGCAUCCACCUUACAAGGCUUUAGACCCCGCCCACCUCGCCCACUGCCACCGCCACCACCCUCCUCUAGAAACCAAUCAAAUGUAAAAUAGAAUUAAUUAAAAUCAACUGAAGAAAACACGCGGCGGCCGCUGCUGCGGAAGGAAUGUAAACUACACCACAUCGUUGUGAUAAUUUAAUGGGAAACUAUUUAGCUACUCACGUAUUUGAGUUGGAUUUUUGUGCGUUGCUUUAGGCUAUGUUGCUGUGUUGGAACAGAAAAAGAAAAAACACCUUCGGGGGGAGAAGGAAAAGAACUCUUUGUAAAUCCUACUUAAGUAUACUGUGUAAUGCUAUCUAUCCUGAAUAUUUUUUGGAAUUGUUUGAUUUCGUUUUUCAUUUUUCUCUGUCAACUCCGGGAAAUACAUUUUUGAGCCGAGUUGCAUCAAAUCAACCGGGCUCGUUUUUAUCAGGAACAGCUCGCCGUCAACGUAAGACGUUCACAGAAACGCAGCUGUUUUCCAACCUCCGGAGUUGUUGUGGAGAACUUUUCCAGGUCUGUUUAUUUUUUGCCGUGAAGAGGUCUUUUUUCAGUGUACAGAGCUGUAAAUAUGACAAACAGUGACAGAGGAAACUGCAGUGGCUGUGAGUGUGGACCCGUGGCUGUCGUGCUGUCUGCAGAUCUUCUUGUAACAUCAGAUCGAUGGACUGAAAUAUUUCGCAUUUACAGAGAAACGACGCUGCGGCGUCCGACGUCACGCUGCAGGAACCUGGACUCUUGAGCAUCACCGACGGUGCCGAGUUACAAACACAAGACUUUUUUUUUUUUUUCUCUCUCCUGUACAACACACUUCUUCAAUUUGGGUUCACGAGGGAGACAAAAUCAUUCGAGGUGCAACGAAACCAGUUUAUUAAGAACUGAGAGAAAUCUGAGUUCUUCAGUGGAUCAGCCAAAGGAUUUAAUUUAUAAUAUCAAUGCUCUUGUCAGUAGUAUACCAUAAAAUCAAAAGUUAGAUUUAUUCUCACAAAAAAAGUCACAUGAAAACAAAUAGUUUAAUGUCCUGCUAACUACAUCUUCAGGCAGCAGUGUUCAUUGUAGAGCCGAAACUUUAAAGUCUAUCAAUAAAAGAGCACCAACAGUUUUGAUAUUUUAUCUAUCAGAAGAUAAUUUUUUAAUUGUCAAACGUUCUUUGGCUCCAGCUUCACCAAUGUGAGAAUUUGCCAUCCUUAUUUGUUUUAUAUAAUUGUAAAUGGAAUACAUGUAUUUGAGCCUUACAGGAAGUUAAAAGUUUAUCCUGAAUUUGUUGCUAGAGGAAAGUCAGAUUGAAAUCAAAGGGGUUCAACCUCUGAGGAGCAGGAAUGCUGUUAGUAAAUGCACGCUGAUGCUUAGAUUUUGAUAUUCAAGUUUAAGUAGAAGUAUCAAAAUAUACCUGAUAGUGGCGCUAAAAGAAGAUCAAGAUCUUUUUUAUUUUUUAUCUUCUGGGGAACAUGAAUAUUUGUCAUUAAUUUCAUCCAUAUGCCCCCCUUCAUUCUGUUCAUUGUUAGGGAUCAAAUCAUAAGUCAAGUUUGGAAAAUUUGUCCUAAUGACGAUGCAAGAGGAAAAGGUCGAGAGGUCACUGAAAUCAAAGGGGUUCAUGCUCAAAGUAGAAGAAUCAAAAUUUGCCUGAUCAUGUUGCAUGCACAGAAAUCAGAUGUCAAUUUUUUUUAGUAGCUUCAUCCUCUGAGGAACGUGAAUAAUUACGAUUAAUUUCGUCCAUAUUCGCCACUUUGCUCUGCUCCUUGCUAUGGAUCAAAUCAUAAGUCAGAUUUGAAAAAUUCGUCCUGAUGGUGGUGCUAGAGGAAAGACCAGGGAGGUUUCAUCCUCUGGGGAGCAUGAACGUCACAGUCAGUGUGAUAUCAGCCCGGGUGGUAGUUGAUCUGAUAUUCUACUUAGGUGCUGGACAGAGGGCUCAGUUUUUAUUGUUGCUAAGGCAAUGACAGUGCAGGGACACUAAGGUACACAAGACCUGCAAACACUGACCAAUGAGAGCAAAGUGAGCUUUUCCAAGAGGGCGGGGCUUAAAUAGACAGAUGCUACAACUCAGACAAAGGGUGAAUCCAGGUGUUCCAGCAGACAGGAUAAGGAAAAUGGUGUUUUUACACUUAAACACAUUACAAUAUGUUUUAGUAGAAACCCAGAACACACAUCUGAACCUGAAAACGAGCCUCAUACGUCCCUUUUUGUGCCUGAUAUGUGUUGUUGAUGCAGCUGCUGACAGUCCUGCAGAUAUCCGCUCACCUCUGCACGUCACAGCUGAGUUGGCUGAGUGUGUUAUUUGUGGUUUCCCCGCUGUGUGUUGGAGCUCUCUGGUCAGUGUCGCCCCUCGUUACUUCCCACCUCUUUACCUCCUCAGUGUGAGGCUGAGCCGUUUGGCGUUUAGCAGAAGUAUUUAUUAAACCUGUUAGCUCUGUGCGGCGGGGGAGGUGGGCGCCACUUCCCGCGGUGCUGCAGUCUCACACAAACCCAGGAUUAAUGACACCUGUACAUGCUUCAGUCCACUAACACCCCCAACCCUCCCUCCGUUCACACGGCACAGCAGAGAAACCCUAAUUACAACCCGAGGCUCUGCACAUUACCGGCGAUAAUUUGCGACAGUAAAAAGCGAGCUGGUUUGGAAGUUCAUUCAUUCUGAGUGUCGUGUUAAUGGCUGCUGAGGGUAAUGUGAGAUUUCACCUGUAGUGAUGCACACCAGCUGAGACUGGAUGGAUGAAAGUAGAGGCACAGUGAGAGAGAACGCUACAAAAAGUCUCCCUAACAGGUCAUUUAGUCUCCAACUGAGGCCUGAAGUCUUAAACAAAGGAGAAAUCAGCCGGCGGAGGGAGAUUAGUUCACCUGUUUCCAAGUCAGGAGUCACCUGAGUAAAGGACUGAGCGACAAAGAAUCUGGCAUCUGUCUCAACCUCAGGCUCUGGACCCCAAGUUGAUUCAAAAACUUGGCAGAAAUCUUAACUCAGUUGCAAAAGUGGAUCACUAAAACAUAGCCCCAUCUGCAGAAAGACUUUCACAUCUAUGAAGGUGAAGUUUGUGUGCAGACAGCCUCUUGUUUUCCAUCGUGUGCAGCCGUCCUGCAUUUUUGAAAACCUGCACCCACCCAUACACGUACCAAUUACCCGUCAUUAUGUCUAAGUCAAACCCGCACCCGCCUGCACUCAUUAAUAAAAGUCCCGCGGUCGGACCUGCACCCGUGAUCAAACCCCCCAGACUCCAGUCCCUCACAUUGAGCUGGUUCUCCGUUCUUGAACUGGACAUCUCUUUGACUGGAUGGUGAACACAUCCAAUCACUGCCAGG